AUGAAUAUGGACAAUAGUGCAAUGAUCGAAGCUGAGCCUUACUCAUUCGAAUUUUUUCCAAAGCAAUGCGCAUUACUGAUUAUCGACAUGCAACGCGAUUUCUUAGAAGACGGUGGUUUUGGUGCUAUGCUCGGCAAUGACGUUGCACAGCUCCGUCGAACCAUCGAACCAAACCGUACGUUAUUAUCAACUUGGCGAGCUGCUGGGCUUUUAGUUAUACAUACUCGUGAAGGUCAUCGCUCGGAUUUGAGAGAUCUACCGCUGACCAAGAAGAUUCGUGGUCAAAAUAGAAUCUGUAUUGGUGAUGUUGGCCCAAUGGGUCGGAUUUUAGUACGAGGCGAGCCUGGUCACGAUAUUAUUCCUGAACUUUAUCCGUUACCAAAUGAAUCGAUAAUUGAUAAACCAGGCAAAGGUGCAUUUUAUGCAACCGACUUACAUGUUAUCCUGCAGAAUCUAAACAUCAAGCAAUUGAUCAUUACUGGGGUGACCACUGAAGUAUGCGUUCAUACAACUGUUCGCGAAGCCAACGAUCGUGGAUAUGAUUGUCUUGUUCUUGAGGAUUGCGUGGGAUCUUACUGUCCAGAAUUUCAAACAGCAGGAUUGAACAUGAUCAAAGCACAAAAAGGUAUUUUUGGCUGGGUAUCACACUCAGCCAAGGUGCUUGCAAUCCUCGGAAAAUCAACAUAG